AGUUCGUCAUGGAAUUUCCGUAAAAUCUUCGGGCGAAUAUCCUCAGGAACGUAUAAACAUCCUUCGUGUCGUACUAAUCCAUUUUCGAACGUAUAACGGAGUUCUUUCGAAGUUUUCUCGUGUUGGGGCUUUCGAGAAAUUUCAUCGAUUCGCCCUAGGACUCUGUCUGCUUUGCAGCCAUAGACCACUGGAGUUGCGUACCAGAGUCACCGGGUAUGACACCUCCUUCGGGUCGGAAGUAUGCCUGGAGCACUCCAUGGCGCACCUGAAAACGGAGGAGUGCCCGACUUGUGUCAAGGGGCAGCAACAUCAAGCCUCCCGGGAGCAGAAGGAAGCCGCAAAGCAGGCGAAGAGGGAAGCAAAGAAGAAGAAGAACUCCUUGUUUUAAAGGCGGCUCUGCGCACCCACCUCGGCUGUUUCAAGCGACGGCGGUUCCGACGGAGUCUCCGCGCCAUACCAGGAACGGACGUGGUCUUGACCCGAGUUCUGGGUUGCGGAGGCUACCGCCUUGUAAUCGAAUGCCGUACCGAGGGCUCCGACAGGUACGGCAUACCGCUGGCGGUGCGGAUUCCCAUUCGAGAUACCGCACGGGCUCAGAAAUCACGGAAAGCUCAGCUUAACAGCUGCGCGGCUACCAGCGGAUUUUGUGAGGCCGUAGGAAUUCCCGCACCACUGCUGAUAUGGCCUCGGUGGGAACGACCCGUUCCGUCACACGACCUACCACCACAUGCGGCCAUCUUUGCGAAAACAACUGGCAAGCCGUUGCACGCUGUUUGGCCGGGUGCGCCAGUCGAAUUAAAGGAAAGAAUACUGCUCGAUUUCGCAGACUUGCAAAUGCGGAUCCUUGCAAAACCCUUUCGGAAGCUCCGGGGCCUGCGCCUGUCCCCGAACGGCGAAUAUUACGUCGGGGCACUAUUUUCUGACGUACACGAUCAAGCGAUCAGACUGGCAGGUGCACAUGCCGUCAAUGUGGGCCCCUACUUACACUGGGAGGAGUACGCAUAUAACCAAGUUCAGGCGCUGUCAAUCGUACUGAGCCACACUACCAGGCGCCGUCCGACGCAGUAUCCUGCAGAAUCUCGCCAUAGUGUCGCACCUUGUUCUACGCAUAGGUGCUGCACGUCCGACCGCCCACCGUGGCCUUUGUUUCAUUUGCCAUCCGGACAUGCACAGUGGAAACGUGAUGGUUGAUCCCGAGAGUGGUCAUAUAACUGCGAUCCUUGAUUGGGAUGGGGCAAACGUGGAGGCGUUCGACUCGUUUGCCAUCUAUCCAGCAAGCUUCUUUACCGUGUCUACCGAAGCGGA